UGAUGUAAAUGUUUUUUAACAGGUACAGUUGUUCAAAGAGACUGCACACCACAGUCAGACACACAGUGUGUCCCCUGUGACCCUGGGACUUUCAUGGACCAUCCCAAUGGGCUGAAUAGCUGUUUCCAGUGUACUUCCUGUGAUUCAGUCCAGGGUCUCUUUGCCAAGCAGAAUUGUACAGACAAGUCAGACACGGUGUGUGAUGUUGUGAGAGGAUACUACUGCAGGACUGUGGCUGAACAUGAUGGAUGUAGUUCAGCAGAGAGACAUUCAAAAUGUUCAUCUGGCCAGAGGAUAAAAGUACCUGGAACCAGCAGAAGUGACACAGUGUGUGAAGGUUGUUCACCAGGAUAUUUUUCAAAGGAUGGAGUGAACUGCACAGCUUGGACAACUUGCUCUGAAAACCAAGUGAAGGAAGAAGAGGGAAGUCUAAUUACUGACGUUGUCUGCAGCAGCGCAUCAAGACACCACUACACUUUCAUUGGAUCUUUUGUUCUUCUUGUCAUUUGCUCAAUAUUUGUUGCAGCUUUGGCAAAGAGCCAAGAGUAGAAAUACAACCUGGGACGAUCCACCAGUUCAAUUCGGAGCCAUUUCCGCUCCUUUAAAAUGUAGUGGGAAUGAUAGAUUUAUUUCUUUUUUUUUAAAUUUAUAUUUUUUUGUGUGAUGAAUGCCUUUUAAAAGAUAUUUGCAUUCGUCAGAAUUUUCUACAUUCCUGUAUAGAAAGAGCUCUUCCUGUCCAUUCAGGAAAAUGAGAAUGAUGAACUUGACAUACUUUAGUGAAACAAAACAAGGAGCAGAUAUAGGUGAAGUAUGUAUUUAGCCAAAGGAAUAAUGUCACACUUACUGAGACAGUGCUGCGAGCUGCCUCCUCUCGUGAUUUUCAGUGUUGUUUAAUGUCAGAUCAAAAAACUAAAUAUGUUACACUCAUACAUGAAACAUCAACUGGACUAUAGAAAAUGAUGAUGAUGCUUCUUGUAUUUACACAGGAAAUGUGUAAAUUAUUUUUGACUAUAAAUGGAAAUUCAAAAUGACUGGAAUCAUACUGACAUGACGUUUAUAUAACAGACCAAUGCAUAAACCAUCUCUGAAGAGUUCAUCUAAAGGCCUCUCUCACACUGACUGAGGUGGGAUUGUCUGGUUUACGUUUGGAGAUGCUUCAUCUUCAGGACGGCCGGGUGUGAUUGAUGGGCCGAUGAAUUCUGAACUGGACAAGUGAAAUCUAAAAGAAAAUGUUAGAAUAUUUGUUUGUGGCCUGAACUGAGUGAUGCAGCAAAAUAUAAAACAUGUUCCAUGGAUGUGUUGAGGUCUUUGUUACAUUCAUCCACCAGGUGGCGCUGCCUUUCCAGUGUAGAGUUUGUGCUGUUGUGCCACAGAACAUGUUUUUCAUUAAUUUCUCGAAAACAAUAACAUUGAAUUAUAGAUAUUAAAACGAACUAGAAAAGAAUUUUGCACCUGAAAUCUAUGUAAUAUUGAUUAUUUUUCUUGAAUAAACUAAUACAAAAAUGUAA